AUGCAAGCAAAACAGUACAGCUCUCUUGUCGCCUUCCUCUAUUUCCUCAACAACAACAUCAGCGGCGGAUUACUGGCAGUGCCAUUCGUUUUCUACCACGCCGGACUACUUUUCGGGUUGCUGCUGCUUGCAGUAGUCACUGCACUAACGAUACCACCUCUUAUAUGGACGCUCGAGACGAUGGCAAGAGCUCAAGUUGGAGGCCAUCAAUUGUGUACAUGCAUGAUGUCUAAAGAGGAUGCAAAAAAUACGGAGAUUAAAGCAUUGGAGGAUAGUGGGAGACGCAUGGUGCUUGAAUCGAUGCCAAGAUAUGAUAUUAGGAGUGAGAGGAAGUUCGAGGUGGACGAACUGUGUCGCAUGUUUCUUGGUGUUAAGACCAGUUUGCUGUACGGAUGGUCAGUUGUGUUAUGGUGUCUGUUGUCCAUGUGGUAUUAUGUCACCGUGGCCGCAAGCGCUUGGGCUGCUCACAUACCGUUUAGCUCACAGCAAUGCUCAGACGACGACUUCCGUCUCAUGCUGCAUCCGGACGGACCCUGCUGGAACACGUACACUGUCUGCGUUCUGCUAUUUGGUGUUGUUGCUGUACCCAUUUCUAUGAUGGAGCUUACAGAGCAAAAAGUCAUUCAAGUGGGUCUGAGUCUGGUUCGUCUUCUGGCCGUUAUCCUCAUGGUCGGAUACUGCACUAUAUCUCUCUUUUCCAACCAGACAGAUGAGAAGUACGACGGGCAUGAAAUCCAGCAGAACGUGUGGCUCAGAGUCGAUCUGAUUGGUGGCAUGUCUGUCGUUCCUGUUGUCUCACACGCCCUCUCGUGCCAGUCCCUCAUUCCAUCAUUCGUGCAGCCUGUUGCGAACAAAAGGAAUCUGCACUGGCUCUUGGCUGCUGCUGUUUUUACCUGCGCUUCUGUGUACGGUAUCGUGGGUGUGACUGUUGCAUCACACUUUAAAGAUCAACUCGUGGAAACGAGCACUCUCAGUUGGGUGCCUCUAAUGGCUAGCAGCUAUCCUGUAGUCGCCCGAAUGAUUUCCUAUUUCAUUGUUCUUUAUCCUUCACUAGUUAUGUUGUCGGCCAUGCCCCUCUCUGCUGUUGCCUGCAGCAAUUACAUCAUCAGUUUGUGCCAAAAAAAGUCGGGAGGUGAAGAGACAAAAACUGCAACAAGGAGAGUUAUUCGAUUUUGUGUUGUCGUGGUGCCACUCGUUCUUGCCAUUUUUGUGAGCAAUCUGGUGGUAGUCUUGACGUAUGGUGGACUUGCUGGAUACUUUAGCACACUCAUCAUACCCGGGCUUUUAGUGAUGAGGUCACGUGACAUGUGUUACAAAGUCUUCGCCUCCAAACAACACAAGAAUUCCGCAGAAAAAGUAAAGACAGAGACUGAUAAUCGAAUGGAUGUUGUGGUUGUGUGGGACGAGUGGAAAAAAUCGAAGAGUGUAUGCAGGGCGCAAAUCGUGUCUGACAUUACUGUGACUCCAUACACUAGCCUUCUCAGUCAACGAGUUGUUGUGUGGAUAAUACUGGCUUUUUCUGUAAUAACCAUAGCGAUUACAGUCAGUAGUAGUAUCAAUUAUCUGCGUCACAACACCUGA